AUUAAAACCGGGGAAUGACAAGACAGGGAUAGCUUCCUAGGGGAAUGGAUCCAUCUAGACACUAAAAAGAUUCCUAUUGGCCAAUCAGAAUCAACUCGAAGACGUAAGACUUUCAAGCCUCUGCUGCAGCUCUACUGUACCUCUACUGUAUGUAUUUAGGUACCUCCGCUAUGCUUCUGCCUCUUAAGUACCUACUAGGCACCUACGUAAGGCGUAAAGGGCAAUCAACAAUGACGCGAAGACGAGGAGAAAUCACCUAGUAUGUAUCUAUACCUCCCUCUGUAUCACAAGCUUCAAGCUCGAAUGAAAUCCUUCUUCUCCGUGGACUGAUUGCGUGUAAACCACGCUUUUAUUCUGGAGCCUCCUUUGUAACUCCCUCUCUACAUUGGCUUGACGUUGACGUCAACGGCCAGAGACUAAGCCCCUGUUUCCUCUGGGUUGAAAAAGGACAUCCCAUAUCCUAUCAUAUUUUAUGUACCUAAACCCAUAGCCUCUCCCUCCACUCCGUAGAUUCCGAGUGCUUUCACAAAACUCGAUCUCCAAGUGAGAAAGAGAACCUUGGAACCUACAACACACAAACCAUCAUAGGAUAGGUAUCUACAUAAUAUCAAUAUGAGAUACUCAACCGCAAUCUUGCCCUUUGUGGCUUCAGCUGCGGCCAUCAUCAUCCCCGACGAAGCCACCGCAAAGCAGCUCAUUCUCGAAAACGAGCAGAAGGCGGAGAAGACAGUAUCAUCAUGGUUAGACGACGCUCUCCCCGCCAUCGAGGAUACUUUCGAGUCCGCCCGCGAGGCCCUUGAAAGACAGACCAGCAGGCUCAGUGGCCUUUUACCUAAAAUUGAGGUUGGCACCGAAGGGAUUGACGAUAUCCUCUCACCAUCCGACUACAACUCGGAUGCGGAUAAGUCGGGACCAGGCCGUAGCACAAAUCUGACAGUAUACCAAUCAAUCAAGGCCUCGAACUACACCAAACACUUCGCCAAGAUCGUCGACGACUUUCCGGAUAUCGUGGAGAAGCUAAACAGCACCUCGUCUAACAUAACACUCUUCGUGCCUACCGAGCACGCCUUCAAGAAACUCCCCAAGCAUGUCAAGGAGCACAAGCCACCUCGGGAGUUCGUCGAGAAGAUCCUCCAGUACCAUGUCGUACCCGACUUGUACCCCGUCGGCCGCGUGCUAGCUCACCACACGCUACCAACAGCUUUCGAGGAAGAAGCUCUCGGCGGACGACCUCAACGACUCCGCGUUAGCGUCAGCCUUUUCGGCAUAAAGGUGAACUUCUUCAGCAAGGUCAGCUGGGCCAACCUGAACACCAAGAACGGCGUAGUCCACGGCAUCGACAGCAUCCUCGUCCCCCCACCCCCAGCCGGCCGCUUGAUAUCCCUCUUCCCCACCAAAUUCUCCACCCUCGAACUCGCCGCGCAAAAAACAGGUUUCUACCGCCGUCCCCACGACAACACCACCUACCCCUCGCUCACCGGCCUCACCGUCUUCGCCCCGACAAACACAGCCUUCAAAAAACUAGGUCCAGCCGUAAACGCAUUCCUCUUCAACACGCCCAAGGGGUUACACUACCUCGAAGCCCUUCUCGCGUACCACGUCGUAGCGAACGAGACUUUAUACUCGGAUGAGUACUACGGCAAACAAUCAUUCGCCGAUUUCUUAGAUAGUGAUUACAUCAACGAAGAUGAGAUCGAGGCUUUGGGAGGCGAAGUCGAGGGUGAAGAGGGAAAACCUAAUGGACAUUUCCACCUUGAUCUACCGACGCUACUUGAUGAUGCGCAUUUGGCGGUGGAUAUCGCGCGUUGGUAUGGUUUCAUUAAGAUCAAGGUUAACGGACGUGUGGAUGUAGCGAUCCAGGAUGGACUGGCGAAGGAUGGUGUUUUGCAGGUUGUGGAUUCGGUGAUUAUCCCGCCGCAUAAGCAUAAGAAGGAUGCAUCCUCGUCGUCGUGGGUUGAUGGUGAGAUCUCUGUUGAGGAGCUUGUGGAGAGGCUUGAUCCCUAUAUCAAGAGUGAGGAGAGUAAGAAGAAAGGUGAGAGUGAGGUCGAGGUUGGUGAGUUGUAGAUGAGAUAAGGCGUGGGAUGUAGGAUGUAACGUCAUGAAUGAUAAGAUAAGAUGGGAUGAGAUAGGGGCUUGGAUGGGGCGAGUCCCGUGAUGAUGUAGGUAUAUGAUAUGAUAUGAUUUUGGGGAGGGUGUGAUAUGAUACAUGAAUUGGAUUGGCAACAGGACCAGGGCAUAUGUCUAGCUGUUAAGAACACCACUCUAUGCUACACAAAAUUAGAAAAAGAUGGAAAGGGAGCUCGUUAACGAUAUAGCAUCGCGCCAUUCAUUAGGUUGGUAGACAGUUUUGCAUGGAACACAGGGGAGGUUUCUUGCAUUGACUAGAUAGCUAGACGGGUAUAAGCAAUAAGAAGACAUUACACCGUGAAAC